ACAACGGGGUUGCUGUGCCUGUCUCUCUGAAACGUCUCUCGUAGGAAGCCUCUGUUCAGCCUGGUCUCUUAGUCAGUUCCCGAGGCAACAGGGAAUUCCUAGCUCAGAGUGUCAAGCUGAGGUUUUACUGCUGUCCCCUAGCUCUGGUACCCUGUGCUACCCUGUAACAAGCUUCCUUGGCUUCUCUCCAGCGAGCUGGACGCAGACACAGCAGAAUUGAGGAAGACAGCGAUCUGAUUACUCUCCCGGAGCCUCAGCUUCCACCUCUGAGAAUGCCGGACGACUUCAGUACUUGGGAGCAGAUAUUUCAAGAACUGAUCCAGGAGGAGAAGCCCAGGGCCAAGUGGACCCUGCAUUUGGAUAAGAACAUUGUACCAGAUGAUGCAGCCCUGGGAUGGAGGCAGCACCAGCAGACAGUACUUGGCAGGUUCCAGUGUUCCAGAUGUUGCAGAAGUUGGUCCUCAGCUCAGGUGAAAAUCUUGUGCCACAUGUACCAGGACGCUUCGAAAUCGCAGGGCCGGGUACUCAUGAGGAUCUUUGGUCAGAAGUGCCAGAAGUGUUUUGGAUCUCAAUUUGAGAAUCCUGAGUUCUCCACAGAGAACAUCAAAAGGAUUCUGAAUAACCUAGUUAAUUGUAUUCUGCAGAGAUACUAUGGACACAGGAAGAUAGCACCGAUCUCAAAGGCGUCUUUGGAUGAGAAGGUGCCUUCGGAUGGGCCCCACGACAUAUUCAAUUGUGAGGCAUGCAGUCUUAGCUCUCAUGGAAGGUGUGCCCUUGCACACAAACCAAGACCACCCAGAUCCCCAUCUCCAUCACCAAAGAGCCACAGUUCCUCUCCAUCAAAGAGCUGGCCUUCACCACCUCAGACUGGGAAUACAGAUUUUGGAAAUAGAACUUUUCAGGAACACAGUGAGCCCCGUGAAAUAGGGUCCCAAAUGUUACUGGUUUUGUCUAUCGCUGCACUUACCUUUAUUAGUUUCUUCAUUAGAUAAUAGGUUUAUCACUUUGUUUUAAUCCCAUGGUGGUCAAUAAAAUAGAUGCCAUCUCAAUAUGACAGUGAAUUCAUGUGGGAUCAAGUAAGGUCAAAUAUACAGAAUAAACCUGCUUUCCUGGACGUGCUCUGAAAAUAACCUAAAGCAUGGCCCACACACAAUGGACCCAAUAACAAAUUUGUAUUGAAUUGCUGAAUCAUCUGCACUAGCUUGCUCACUUAUUGUUCUAAAGCUCUGUUGAUUAAAUCUUGAUGAUAACUAAUGGUCAUGUGUGCUAUGAGAUAUAAAGCAGCAGCUGGAGUAAGGGAGUACCUGGUGGGCCCCUGCCAAGGUGUUCUCCCGAGAAAUCGUGCCAUGUGAUAGAUAUGGUGUAAGGGAGUUUUAUUGUGGGGGAAGGGGGGAGCAGGGACCUAGAGAAGUGGGGGGCAGAGUUAUAGGGGCAAAGAAGUGGGGACAGAGAAGGACAGAGAGAGAGAGAGAGACUGGCCAGGAACAGGAGGGAACAGAGAGAGAAAAAGGAAAGGAGAGGAGGAGGAGGAGGGGCUGGGGAGUUCGUGGGCAGUCCUAUAGGGCUGCCCUGGCAGCACCUGGCUCGAACCUGGUGGGCAGCAGGUGAUGACAUAGGCCUAGGUUCCUGGGAGAAGCCUAGUGGGAUCUUCCAUUAACCAACAAUGAGUAUUAUUGUCAAUUUUCUGUGGCAGACUGGGAAAUGCUCCCCCCACCAAAAACACCCUACUGUGGCAGACUGGGAAAUGCUCCCCCCACCAAAAACACCCUACUGUGGCAGACUGGGUAAUGCUUCUCCCACCAAAAAUGCCCUUCCCCACAGCCUCUAGAAUUUGUUAAUAAACUGUAUUGGAAGAAUGGA